UCUGGUGCGAAUUUAUGAACACACCCAACAAUAAAAACACACCAACUCACAGAAAUUAAGGGGAAAAAAAAAUCAUGGGUUUCGGAAAGGAGGAGAUUGAUUUGGUGUUGGUCCCUAGUGGGUUGAUGAUCAUGUUUGCCUACCACCUCCAUCUCCUUCACAGAUACCUUCGUUGCCCUGACACCACCUUCAUCGGCUACGAGAACAAUGACAAGAAAGCUUGGGUCGAGAGCAUUAUGAAGAAUAAAGACAAGGAUGUUAUAAGCGCGGCUCUAACGGCGACAACCUCAAACACGACAGCAUCAAUUUGCUUGGCAACAAUCUCGUUAACUCUCUGCUCUCUCAUUGGAGCGUGGAUUGCAAACUCUUCCAACAACCUUUUUCAGAUCAGCAACAUCAUCUACGGCGACACCCGGCCGUCGACCAUCUCCGUCAAGUACAUAAGCCUCCUGACCUGCUUCCUCAUUGCCUUUUCAUGCUUUAUUCAGUCGGCAAGGCACUUCGUGCAUGCAAAUUAUCUGAUAAGCCACCCAGGAAAUAUCAGUCCUGUGAAGAAUGUGGAGUUGGCGGUUAUAAGGGGAGGUGAACUUUGGGUGCUUGGGCUUAGAGCGCUCCAUUUUGCUCUGAAUUUGCUGCUCUGGUUUUUUGGUCCAAUACCCAUGUUUGUUUCCUCUGUUUUAAUGGUGAUAAUCCUUUAUCACCAAGAUGGCAAUUCUCCUCCAUUGCAUCAGUAUGGAUCUGCAGGGAGCCAUGUCCUGAUCAAAAGGACUGGCCAGGAUGUCUAAGGCCAUGAUCAUAAUG